CUAACACGCGGGUUCUUCCCCAUUUCGAAUUUUCACGUUGAGAGAGAGAGAGAGAGAGAGAAGCGGGAACGAACGAGGAAGAAGAAGAGAACGACUGGAGAAGAAGAGAAUUGAACGUGAAGAAGAAGAGCAACGACCCAACCAAGACCGGACAAGAACUACCGACCACCAAACAAGAAUGCAGUGUUUGGAAGAGAUAGAUGUUUUCUCACCGUUAGCAUCUCAACCGUGUGAAUCAUCUGCUAGUUCUCCUGAAGUACUUUACAGCCCUCGAGUUAAAAAGGACCUGAUACCAAAAAUUGCACAAGAGUUUGACAAUUUAGAUGAUGUUCAUAUUUUUUACAACAAAUAUGCUAAAGAAUCUGGAUUUGGUAUGCGAUUGAAUUCUAGCAAGAGGAAUAGAGAAGGUGAAAUCAUUAGGAAUGAGUACAGUUGUUGCAAAACUGAACCUACUUUACGGCGUCGGGGGAUAACUGGAGAGGGUUGUGGUGCAAAACUAUCUGUUGUGAAAAGACGGUCAAGUGAAAAGUUUGUUGUCUCCCAAUUUGUCGAGGGUCAUAACCACCCUCUUACAUCUCCAAAGAGGGUGCAUUUGUUGCAAUCUCAUCGUAAAGUGUCAGUUGCAAAAAAAGCACAACAAAAGAAUACAGAAGAUCCUGAAAAUGUUGGAUUUUUACAACAAGAUCUUUAUAAUGCUGAAAGGGAGAGGAUGAAAACUUUAGCAAGACAUGACGCCAAUAUGUUGUAUGAGCAUUUCCAGUUUGAACAACAAAAGAAUGCAGGUUUUAUGUUUACAAUGAAGAAAGAUGAUGAUGGGAGGAUGACUCAUUGUUUUUGGGCGGAUGCGACCUCUAGAAAGUCGUACCAAUCUUUUGGGGACGUGGUGGUGUUCGAUACAACGUACAACACAAACCGAUAUGCUAUGAUUUUCACACCUAUAUUAGGGGUUAAUCACCACGGGCAGACAACGAUUUUUGGGUGUGGAUUCUUAAGUAAUGAAAGAAGUGAUUCUUUUGAGUGGCUUUUCAAGGAAUGGUUGAAAGCGAUGCCAGUAGGCCCGCCCAAAAUGAUCAUAACUGAUUAUGAUCUGGCAAUGGCAAAAGCAAUUGCUACUACUCUUCCAAAUACACAUCACAGGUAUUGCAUUUGGCACAUUGUGAGUAAAUUUCUGAAAAAAUAAGUCCAGAAUCUUACAAAGAACAUUAUGAGGAGCUCAAAAAUUGUAUAUGGAAUUCCGAAAGCCCUGAAGAGUUCGAAAUUAGAUGGGUAGAUGUUGUAGAAAAAGCUAACCUAUCCGGCAAUGAAUGGUUACAUGCCAUGUACAAAAUUCGUGAGAGAUGGAUUCCUGCAUAUAUGAAGCACCUUUUUUCUGCCUACAUGACUAGUAGUCGAAAAGCUGAAAUUUCUCAUGCAUUCUUCAAGAAGGCUUUGUCUCCAAAUAAUUCUUUUUUGGAUUUUGUGACACGGUUUGAUAGGACACUUUCACGUGUACGGUAUAAUGAAUUGGAUUUGGAUCUUAAAGAUCUCAAUGAGAAGCCAGCCUUGAAAACAUCGUAUUUCAUGGAGUCCGCAAUGAGUGAAUUGUAUACACAGACGAUAUUUUACGAGUUUCAAGAGGAACUCUUUCAAAAUAUGGCGUAUGUGGUAACAAUAACACAUGAGGAUGAACAUCGCUGUUUGUACAAUGUUAAGAGGGUAAAGGAGAGUGGUUCGAGGGUUUGUGAGGUUUUGGUAGAGAAGUCAUCAAACUAUGUCAGUUGUAGUUGUAAAAAAUUUGAAUGUGACGGAAUUCCAUGUCGGCACAUGUUGGUGUACUUCACUAGAAUGAUGCAGAUUGUAGAUCUGCCUAAUCAAUAUAUCUUGCGGAGGUGGACUAAAUUAGCAAAAGCUGUGCGAGUUAUAGAUGACUUGGGUGGAGCAGUGCAAGAAAUAUGUUACACUUCUUUGUUAGUGAGGCGAAAUAGUCUCUUCCAACUUGCUUCUAAUGUAAUUGAUGACGCCGUAUUAACUGAAGAUGGAACUGAACUUUUGCGAGAAGCUUUAGAAUCAACUCAAAAGAAGCUACCUGUCAUGAAUCUUGGAAGCGAAGAUGGCGAAGGGAGUGCUAUCCAAGUGCAUAUUCCUCUUGAUCAUAGUUUUAAAGAACCACUUCAAGUGAGGGCAAAGGGUUGUCGUAAACGAUUGAAGAGAGGAAAAGAGAAGGCUGCCAAGAAGGGUAGGCGUUGUAAUGGUUGUGGGUUAACAGGACAAUCGCAUGACAAAAGGAAUUGUCCUAAACUUCUCAACUUCUCCUCACAAGAUGUUAGGUUGAAUGAUGACGAUGAUGACAACAUUGACUAUGAUUGAUGGAAAAACGACUCAUGAGAAGAUGGCGAUGUUUGGGGAAGGGGAUGUUUGUUGUUGGAUUUAUGUAGGAGAGAUAGAGCUAUGUUUUUUUGUCUUCUGCUUUCUAUGAAUUCCAGUACCUAUGUUUUGGAGAGAGAGAGAUAGAGCUAUGUUAUGGAGUUAUGAUCUGUUAUGGAUGGUGAACAUUUGCUUUAUGCAAUUCCAGUAGCUCUCCUGUUGGUUUCUCA